CUGCGGGAAUCGUCGUCCUUCGUAACCGCGGCACUAUCCCCGCGGCUCCUCGCCCCGAUUUCUCGCGUUCCCACCACGACCCCUGCGUCCCUACCAGCCCAUCGUCCCUCCCCAUCGUCAGACAUUCCGGCAUCCUGUCUCACGUCCUCCGUUCCUCCGCGGCUGGCGGGGGUUGCUACUUGCCUCCUAGUGACUUUCGUGGGGUCGAGUAACACGUGCGUGAGGAAGCACCGCCGGUCCGCGACCGGUGCCCUUCCGCGGAUACCUCAGGAAUAAUCGAUCAAGAUCGAUUAAACGCGAAAGUCAGAUCGCACGUGCCUAUCGCUCGCGAGUGAUCGUCAUCCGGUGGCUCGAUGCUGCGUCACAAUUGCGGAGUCGAUCGUCGCUCGACUGCCACGGAAUUCGGAUUUUAUUUCGGUUUCGAUUGAUUUCAAUCCCCUGGUCCCGGUAUCCUCUUCACUCGAUCGAUCGGUCGAUCGAGAACAGAGUGUUACAGAGUGUCUGUGAACCGAUUUAAAAAUUCGUCGUCCGCUGAGAGAUCAGAAUAUCCGUUCGAUCUCUACCGCUGAUUCGAACACCGGUACGAUUCUAGAUCGUUGAAUUUUUAGUUACACGGAAGUCAAGUGAUCAAGUAAGUAGAACGAGGAGUUUGCAGGGUGUAAACGUCGGUAUCUCGGACAAGGAUUAAUUUCACACCAUUCUUCCAUCCUGUUUUGCGAGCGCCGAACGGGGCGACACGCUUUUUAAUUAACGCAAUUACCUAUUUCUCUUUUUCUCUUGUCUCUCUCUCUACGUCGAUGCAGCGCGACGUUUCGUAUUAGCUACGCAGAAGGGAAGCCGUUCGCGGAAAACGAAUUCCGUUUCGAACGGAACGACCGUCGCGUGACGACGAUUGUUCCGGUAACGAGGAAACCUCUGACCUUCUUGCAGAAUUCCCGUCGACCCAAUUCAAGAUCGAGUGAUUCAUUUAUGAGGACCGUCUAGAAAUACGUCCGCGGCUCGUACCUCUCGUGGAUAAAUAGAUCGAGGAAGCGGAACAACGGUAUAUUUGGAUUAAUUCGUUCACUGGUUCGGCGAAUGGUUCGUUCGAUCGGCUCGCGCCUCCCUCAGAAUCGUGAAGUGGUUUCUUCGCUCCGUUUCCACGGUACGACAGUGCCUGUGUGUUACCGAAAGGAAUCGACCGAGUGGAAAAGGCAAGUUGAAAAAGAAGUGCUGACGAAAGAUUCUCAGAGCUGUUGGCCUUCGCAACACGUAAUAUCCUCGCAUCAAUCAUAUUACGAUUUCUCUUAUUGUUCGACGCGAAUUUCAAAUCAAAAGUCGAACAUGACUUCGUUUCAAUUUGCCAUACUUUGUGAGUCAUGUUGCAAAUCAUGUGUCGUGCGUCGCGUUUACAUAAAGUGUCGUAAUUUCGUUGUUUUCACAGCUUCGAUAGGUCUGAGUCGUCUCUCGUUACGUGGAAAAUUGGUGGAAAAGGACUGGUCGCAGAUUUCCUUUAAUCAUUUAUAGAUAUAAGGACAUCUGAGAUAUUUCCAAUCGGGUGGACAAGCUCGAUGAAAGGUGUUCCUCUAGAUCUUUCGUAAUUGGGAAUGAUUGAUAUCGAGUGACAGUUCUCCCGUUUGUCCAACGGCAAAGAUAAACUGCGUAAAGUGGCGAGAGGGACAGCAAUGCAGUGAACGCAUCACGACGUAUGCAGUUGAAGACCAGGGGCUGUGCCGCGCCUCUCAGCCUAUUGCUUCGUCUCUUUCCCUCUUGGUUUACGUGUACCUACCUACGUACACGGCGUGUACCGUGUCCUCAUGCAUUACAAUGUGUGCUCAUUAAACGGUGUCAUCGCUGCCAAAUUAGAAUCAGGUAGACGGAUUACUUUGGACCUGUAAAUAAUUGUGACGUCGAGCAAACUCAGAGUCUUCUGUCAUGCUAUGGAAUGUUGUUUGAUCGCAUGAAAUCGAGGGAAAUUGGUAAGAAAGAAAUUCGAUGUCGUACAGACAGUGAACGGUUGGACUAGAAUCAGGCGAGGGUAGAAUCCGCGUAGGUGGCACGUUCGCCUGGUCGCGCGCAGUUUAUGAUAAUAUUUAAUCCAGUUAUAGGCGGAGGGUGAAUAUAGAACGGACGACGGGCGGGCCGAACCUCGUUGCGGUUAGUUGAUGUUCCGAUGCACGGUGUCGUUGGUAGCAGGUAGUAAUCCAGUUAUGCUCGGGCUGCGGACUCUACGCAUUGCCGGUUACGUUCCGACCGCGUUCCAUCAGUUUUCUUGGUCGUCGCCUUCGAAACUCUUCGAACGAACUCGAAACGAGCGAUCGCAACUACAAAGGAAUUUACGAGUCUGUCUCGUUGUCCUAAAUUUUAUUAAUUUCGGUCAGUCAAUCACGUUGCUUUGAUCUCCGAUGUUUCGAUUGUUAGCCGAGCGAAUUGCCGUGACCAACCGUUUCAUCCCUCUGCGUCCCUCUCGUCCGUGGCCAAUUCGAUAGUUUGCUAAUCCACUCGGCUAAUCUGUUGGCCACACGACGAACAAGAUCGAACCGUCGGAAGUUCAGCGACGGAUUCUCGGUUUAACAGUUCGUACUACGAGCCGAGGUCGUCGGAAUCGAUUUGUUACGAUUGUAAACGCGUUUUAACGUCUCCUCGCCGCGAUACUCAUCGGAUCGCGAAGCCGUUGAGUGGCAACGGGAUUUCGGUCGCGCACGUGUUCCCUCGGUAAUUUCGACUCUCACGUCGGCACCGCACGCUUACAGAUAAGCUCUUCCUCUCGCCUUUGGUCUCUGAUAAAAUCAACAAUUAGAAAACGUAUUUCGUUACUCACUGAAAUUAAAAGACGCACGCGGGUAUCAGUGAAUGUCAGUGUCAGUGAACCAGGAUAUCUACAAAAAAACGAUCUCCGUUCGAAGAAAUCUUUGGGACGUCGCGGGAUAUUAAUUGAACCAUUCUGGAGAGGAAAUGAUCGCGUGUUCGGCGAUCGACACUUGGAGGAAACCGUGAACCGGCUCGAGCCUCUCGCAGCGACCCAAGUGCCCCGGCUCGGUGGGUCCAAUGGUUGUUCGAGGUCCGGUCAAACGUCAUGCUCGAUCUUGUUCGGAUCUCGGUGCCACGGUGGCCGGUAUAGAAUCAAUCGCACGGGCCACGAGAGCGGAGCAGCUACGUGGGAAUCGUCGAAACGAGGAGACAGCCGUCCGGGCGUCGAAGGAGUACCAACGCGACGAUCUCUCGGCGACACGACCUCUCCGAAUUUUAAUGAACAACGGCGCGUGGCCAUACAACCUGAGCCGACGUAGAAUAAAAAGGAGGAAGAAGGCGGCGAUCGAACGACAUUGUCACAAGCGCACGCUGUUCCUAUGACUCGUCGCUGAUAGCUACUUCGAAUAUAAUUAUAAUUUUUAUAGAGAGACAGAAAACUCUGAAUACGAUUAUAGUUCCUUCUACCGGCGAUGAGAUGACUCGUGAGAUUCGUCAUAGUCACACGGUUUCACGUAUUCGCCUUCGAUCCUAUAUAUUAAUCGUAUAAACGUUAGACUGUCGAAGAAAGGAAUUAUCAGAGACGUUAAGCGGCAUUUAAGAGUAAAAGAAUUAAUCUAUCGGAAGAUCAACGAAUUUAUGACGCGGCGUGACACGGAACUAUGAAAACGGGAACGUGGAAAAGCCGAGGGAAGUAGGAUUAGCCUUUCGCGAUCGAUACUUGGGUCCAUCCGAAGAUAUUUAAUCCCCGACAAGGUUCCUAAAAGGAUUUCCUCCUUGAUCAUCGUCCGACCGGGCUGUACGCUUUUCGAAGACACGUUCCCGCGAAUCUCGCCCGGUGGACAGACAGGUACGUCGCGAGCCGAGAGGAGAGAGCCGUGGAAACGUGAGACGAGAGCUUGGCAAGCAGACGAGACGCGCCGGGGGGAUCACGUAUCCUCGCGUUUCCCUCCCUCGCGGGAAAUCAUCGCCGAGGAAGGAACAGAGAAGAACGCAUCCGGCCUUAUCUCUUCUUUUUUUCUCUCUCUUUUCAUCUGCGACGUUGGAGAAAAUUCGUACCGCUAACGAGGUACAAACUCCUCGCGGCUAGAACCAACGGAAUUUCUGAGGGAAACAAGAUUCGCGGAGCUCCUUUGCAUCUUUUCAUCCGAGAGGGAGGGAUCGGUCGGUUUCCAAUCCUACCGAUGAAAAAUAAUCGCUUUUGAAUCGAGUAAGAAACGUGGUCGUCGGAGUAUCGGUUGACGGUGAGCUCUCCGUUCGACACAAAGGGAAUUCGAGGAAAGUUGUGCUGUCGCACGGGAAUCGUUUGCGAUAAAGAUAUCGAACGAGUAGGAGAAGUCGCGGAAACGAGAGUAAACAGAUCGAGUGGAAUCGAUAGGGAGAGAAAAGUAGACGACGGUCCGGCUUUCAUCCCGUUUCCGAGGGAUUUUCGUCGCGAACGAUACGGCGCACCCUUUGAGAAGGCUUAACGUUACUAAGACGGAACGAGGAUGUGCCCCGGUUGGAACAUCGGGAGAAUCGGGCCCUUUUUUGGGAACUCGGAGAAAUGAAGUUAUCAGUGUCGGCUUAUAGAGCUCAGGCCAGUGCCCACAAGAAGAUCCUCUCCAAUUAUCAUCAGCAUCAGUUGAGCUACGGCGCUACCAAUCAAGCGGCCUCGGCCCGGACCCCCUCUGACCCCGCUGCGUUCCUGACUGGCUUCAAAGUGGAUCGUGCGGAGAACGAGGAGGGCCAGGGAGGAGGGGGUGGUCUGUCGACGUCCUCGGCAGGCUGCAGCGGUGCUUCCGGUUCGAGGAUGGGCCCGGGGCCUGAUUCCGGUAGUAGUGCACCCUCUUCGGUUCCCCACUCGCUGGCGACCUCGAGGGACGACGAGGACGACGAGGACGAAGAGAGCAGCGGCAGACGUUCCAAUGGACACACGGGAACAAGGUUGUCGCAGCUGUACGAUUGUGGCACGUCCUCCAGCCACGGAGGAUCCUCGGACAAGGAGCAGACCGGGCUGAGAAGCGCAGCCUCUACGAGGUCCUCGGAGUCCUUGGGGAGCUUAGAUACCGAGAUACCAGCCGCAGCUAGGAGGCCCCGUAGCACGAGGGGCUCGCAAAAAUGGAGUAACGUACGCGCCGUCAUGGCGCUCUAUUCCUCGCUACGCAAGAUCAAGAGAACGAAGAGCAACCAACGUUGGAUGAAACUGCGUACGACCGUUCAGCUCUCAUCCGCGAUAUCAACGAUACAGAAGAAACCACCGUUGAAACGAGAGGACUCGUUCUUGAAACGAUUCUCGACGAGGCAAAUCCCGGAGAGCCAAGAGACGUUGGACACCGGCGAGGGCGAGGGCGACGCGGCCGACGAUAAAGACGCGAGCGGACGUCGACGACGCCGUCCUCGAAGGCCUCAAAGGCCGCCGACGACCGUCGUCAACCCGGACGAGAACUUCUAUUAUUAUUGGCUGAUGCUCCUAUCCGGUUGCGUGCUGUACAAUUUGUGGACGUUGAUCGUGCGGCAAAGUUUACCGGAGUUACAGGCGAAAGCGCCGGCCGUCUGGCUCGCCUGCGACGGCUUUACGGAUCUCGUGUUCUUCCUAGACGUGGCCGUGCAAUUUCGCACCGGCUACCUAGAGCAAGGGUUGAUGGUGUACAACAGCAAGAAACUGGCCGGUCACUACCUCAAGUCCAAGUCGUUCGUGUUGGACUUGCUCGCGUUGCUUCCGCUCGACCUGCUACAGGUGAACCUCGGCAGUAAUCCGAUGCUGAGGUUCCCGAGGUUCCUCAAGAUCUACCGCGUGUACAAUUACUAUUACAUGGUCGAGUCGCGGACGGUUUACCCGAAUCUGUGGCGCGUGUUGAACCUGAUACACAUACUGUUGAUACUGGCUCAUUGGUUCGGAUGCUUUUACUACUUGCUGAGCGAGGCCGAGGGAUUCCAAGGGGACUGGGUGUACCCGUACCGGCCGGGGGAGUACGCGACCCUCACCAGGAAAUAUCUCGGGUCUCUCUACUGGUCCACCCUCACACUGACCACGAUCGGUGACCUACCCACGCCGGAGACCAACGCCGAAAUCGUAGCGGGCGGCGAUCCCCGGAGCCUCGCUCGUCGUGGCCGACUGUCCCGGCUUCUGCAGUUCAAGACUAACGAAGGGUACGUCUUCACGAUAGUCAGCUACCUGAUCGGGGUGUUCAUAUUCGCGACGAUCGUCGGCCAAGUUGGCAACGUGAUUACGAAUCGGAACGCUAAUCGUUUGGAGUUCGAGAGGCUGCUGGACGGAGCCAAGACCUACAUGAGGCAUCACAAAGUGCCCGGGGGGAUGAAGCGGCGGGUGCUCAGGUGGUACGACUACAGCUGGUCGCGGGGGAGGAUACAGGGCGGCGGUGACAUUAACACCGCGCUCGGUCUACUGCCGGACAAGCUGAAAACCGAGCUGGCGUUGCACGUGAACCUGUCGGUCCUCAAGAAAGUCACCAUCUUCCAAGAAUGCCAGCCAGAAUUCUUACACGAUCUGGUGCUAAAGAUGAAGGCUUACAUAUUCACGCCGGGCGACUCUAUAUGUCGGAAGGGAGAAGUGGCCAGAGAGAUGUUUAUAAUAGCUGACGGGAUUCUAGAAGUUAUUAGCGAAACGGGCAGAGUUUUAACAACCAUGAAGGCCGGCGACUUCUUUGGCGAAAUUGGAAUUCUUAAUCUAGACGGUUUAAAUAAGCGCACAGCCGACGUUCGCUCGGUAGGCUAUUCGGAACUGUUCAGCCUAUCACGCGAGGACGUUUUAGCAGCGAUGAAGGACUACCCAGAAGCGCAGGAAAUCCUGCAAAAUCUGGGUAGGAAACGAUUGAUGGAAGCGCAGAAGGUAGCCAAAGCUAGCAGGCAGCCAACGUCACCGGGGCACGAUUCGUCGGACAAUAGCACGGGGAAAAGGAUCGUCGACAAGCUUAAGAGCGACGUGAAGGGUCUGAAGAACGUGUUGAGGAAAAGUAGGCGAAACACCAGGCCGGAAGAGAGCCUGGAGUUGCAACCUUUGACACCGAAAGCGCCUACGUUGAAGAGGCAGCAGAAGGUCGACGACAGCCACGAGCCCUCGGCGCCGAUGGCGCAGGAGCCACCCGUGUCACCUUUGGGUGCUGGUCUCCCUUUGCUCGCCAGAUUGAGGCUGUUAAAGGAGAAAGAGGAACGCGAAGAACGACGAACUCUGAUGGAGACCCCGGUACACACCCCUGAACAGCAACAACCGCCUGCAGAGGCACAGAACCCUAUGAACCCGAAUUUACCAUUUCUCCAAAGGAUAUUAUUGUUAAAAGCGAAGAACGAGCAGGAGAUGAAGGAAGCGGACAAAGAGGCGCCGAUUAAAGAGCCGUUGCUGCCUGCAAACGCUAUACCCGAAGAGUCGCGAGAACAAUCGCCGAAGCCGGCGCCGAAGCCGCCGCCGAGGCAGGCGUCGGUGCAGAGCACGACCGGCGGGGAACAACCGGGACGAUCGUCAGGUAGUUUGGAAAACGCGAACGGUUCGAACUUGAAGAAACCUUGGGCGAUGCUUAAAGACGCGUCGUUGACUAACAAGGAGAACUCGCCGCAGAGGAGUCCGCCGCAGAGGAGGCUGCACUUGAAACAGAGUUUGGUGCACAUCCGACAGCAGACGAAGAUGUACGCGUCCGUCGACGAUCUGUCACCGGAGUACUGCGGACUACCGUUCGUUAAGAAACUGAAGAUACUCAACGAGAGGCAGAAGUUGGCGGAACUCGAGAAGGCCGUGAGGAGCUCCAGUUUGGACUGCGGGGACAACGCUGAGAUCGAGUUCGAUGGGAACUUGACGAGGAGCCACUCGGAGGCCUGCGCCAUUGAGUACGCGAGGAAGUUAGAGAAAUUCAACCGGAAUCGACAAUCGAUGGUUUCGCCGACGGAUCAACUCUCCCCGGAGAACGAGACACUGGAGAGGCGGAAUUUGAAGAGCAUUUUGAAGAAAUUGUCAGCCGGAAGCCGAACCGGUAGCUCGGAAACGUCGGCGACGAGCACGCCGGAUCGCGAGGCGGCCACGGCCGAGUUGAGAAAAUUAAUGAGGGCACCGACGAUCGAGGGUUACGCAGCGCGUCACUCGAAACUCUCGAAGAGCGUGACGUUCAACAAAUACACGUUGCAGAGCCCACCGUCCGAGCAGAUCCCGGGGAAUUAUCCGCUCGGGUCUCAGUCGGCCGAGUCCCAGGAGCAGGCCUCACUGCCACCGCCCAAUAAACUCAGUUUCCGUCCUUUGGGCAGCGGAGGUAUCCUGCAAGUGGUGUCUCGGCCCCGGGAAGAGGAAUACUUGGGGGAACUGGUCACUGGUAUCAGAGAAAUCGUCAAGGGUCGUCUGGAGGAUAUCCAGACGAAGUUCGAGCGACAGUUCACCUCGCUAGAACUGGAGAUUCGCAAACGGGACGAGAUAAUAUCUCAACUGCAGACGAGGAUAUUAGAACUGGAACAGAGGGAAGCGCGGAACGCGGACGAUUCGCUGGGAGACAGCACGGAGCACGACGCCUCCCUCGAGGAGGACCUGGACGACGACCGGGAGGAUCACCCGUUCAUGAGGGACGGCUCGGUGGACACGGUACUGACCACUCGACCGCAGUUCCGACGCUCGUCCACGGAGUCCAGCUCCCACAAUCGAAAGUCAUGGGAGGAGCACUCCGAGGAGGAGACGUUGCAACUGCAAGAGCUACCGACCUCGAUCGUUCCACAGAGCCUGUGGAAGGACGACGUCGCGAUCGAUCUGGAGUCGAACAGCGAGAGCAGCAGGUCCGACGACGAGUUCGAAGAGAAACGGAGGAGCGGACGUCGGAGGAGCGACAGCGAGAACGACGGUGACAACGAGGGCGACGACGUUCGCCGGGCGGGUCACAACAACUGGGAGGUGGUGAUGCUCGCCCAGGAACUCGAAGCGAGACGGAGGAGCACCGAGAACGCGAAUCCGGGUUCCUAGCGCAUUAACGAGAUUCUAGAUGUACUGUGUUACCUGACCAGCACCCUCCAUCCCGAAGGGUGGUGCAACAGGCCGGCAACCAGCGACGCGGCCAUCUGCGAGAACGAUUGCCCUUACUUGCAGUUAGACUUCGAUAGCAUGACCAGUUGCAGGGAGACCAUGAUGUAAAACUAGAACCGUUACCGGUAUAUCGGUCUCUCUUCGAAUCACCGACAAUCGUCUGUACGAUCGUAAGGCAAAACGGUGUAAGUCAUGCGUGAUCAGUUUCUAACACCGUCCUCCUUCUAUUAUUCUCACCGACAAAUGACAAUGAUAAUAAAUCAUGUGAUUCUUUUCAAUUUCAGAAUCAAGUCACUGCGCUCGAACGGAAAAGAGUCGCCUUAAUUUUCUCACGUGAUUUGUAUCGUUCUAUCUUGCAGAUACUCGACGCCACGUUCAUUUAUAUUGUUAAUAAAAAUGAAAUAUGACAUAAAGAUGUUAACGAUUUUUGAUAGAUUGUCGAUGAUCUCGAAGCGACCGGACACCGAGAACUUGUUACUUACUCUCUGAUGAAAUACGAUGGAUGUUUUCUUUUUUUACGAAGCAAUAUGUACCUCUAUCUAUCGUUUCACGAGAUACUCGUUAAUAACGGACAGUAAGAUAGAUUCUAUAAAUCUGUUACUAUACGGAAGAGAUAUAUCUACUUAUGCAUACGAAAUACACGUACACAGGUAUACAUAUUAUUAAUUAUAUUCAUGUACAGAUGUACGAGUACGAGGAAAACGAUUUUCGUUCCCAUUACAUUCGAGACCUUGAUUAAGAAUUCUACAUAUUUUACAUAGAGGACUUCCACAAUUUUUUCAUUCACCCGUUUCGCCUUUACCCUAAGAAAACUAUUGAAUUCGUCUCUCGUCUUCCCGCCACCCAAUCCCUCUCUCUAUUUAUGCAAUCAUUCAACAAGAAAACAAUAUAUACACAGUGGAAGUAUAACGAUUCGAGCGAAAAGGAAGAGGAAACGAGGAAAGAUACGCGCAUACAUACAUGGACACGUAUAUAAUUUAAUUAAAAGAGAAAAAAAAAACGAAAAAGGAAACGAGAAAAGCUAAUGGGAAUUAUAUGUAUAACGACGUAUACUGACCAGACCAAGCUCAAUAUUUCUAGAGUCUUUACAAAAUGAAUAAAUCUGUUAAGGUGACAAAUGGACAAAUGUGACUAUUAAAAUUAAGUAAGGAGAGGAAAUCUAUCGAGAAAGGUUGUACAUACUAGCCUAUAAUUUAUUUAUCUAUGAAUGCGAGGGGAAAAAAGGGGGCGAAUGAUGAUGGAACGUACGUCUAAUAAUAUAGAGGAGAAUCGGGGAGGGUAAUGCAAAUUAUAUUUCGUAUGCGUGAUAGAGAGAGAACGAGCGCGAGAAAGAGGUUCGGCGAAGGAGAAGAGAGAAAGAGAGGGAGCGAGUGUGAGUGAAAGGGAAGCAGAGAGAGAGAGAGCGAGUGAGAAAGAGAGAUGAAAAAACGAGGAAUCCGUAAGGGAAGGAGAAAGAAUUUCGCGUACUAUUACGGUGGAAAGCACGUUAGAUGCUGAUAUGUACCUAACACGCGAAUGAGAAGAGUAUACAAUAAAGAAACAAAUGUUUUCAA